AUGGCAACUGCAGGUCACACUCGGUACUAUGCUGAGUGCACAACACUUGAUCAUUCUUCGUUAGUAGAGGCAGCAGCAAGGGCAGACGAAAAGGCUGUCAGACUUGCCAUCGAUUCUGGUGCCGAUGUGAACACAUCGGAUGCCACUGGUCGGACUCUGAUUUCCUGCACGAUUGGAGGAGAGAGCUGGGAGGAUGCUGACGUCUCGGACGCGUCGUACAUGCUGCAAACACGCCUCCGGAUACUGAAAUUGCUCCUCAAUCAUCAUGACAUCUCUCUGUACGCGCUGAACGUGCCAGUGCGUGGAGUGACACCGCUAGGUCUUGCUGCGUGGUUGAACGUUCCCGAUAUUGUACAUCUUCUGGUAGAAGGUAGCAAUGGCAUGGUGGCGGUGGAUGGCGUAGAUGCACAUGCGGCAACACCUCUGAUGUAUGCCGCACGAGAUGGCAGGCGUGAGGUGGUUUGCCACCUGCUUAUGCAUGACGCAAGGCCCGAUCUAAGAGACAUGAACCACCGAUCAUCAAUUCAAUACGCCCUUCCUCAUUCUGAAAUUAUCGGGCUCUGUGAAGUCGCGCUUCGGAGACACAGAGCGCGAGAGAACACGUCACGCAACAAGCGUAACCUCGCCGUUCUUCCUGAGCCGUUCUACAGCCAUCUUCUGGCGUGCAACACCGCGAGAUUGUUCGACAGCGUUUUCUCUUCUCCUCACUCUCCCCGAUCAAAUGUCGGGCUGUCUGACGCCUUACUUUGCACGGUGCUGUCUGCUGAUCUAUCUGCUCUUUACCCACUACUAUUUCCCACCCACCCUUCUUCCACGGGAAGUCAGGCCUGGCGUCUGCCACUGAUAAACCUUCCUGACGCAGGAGGCUGGAGCUUGAUACAUCACUGCGUGGCUGCGGAACUUCCAUCUGUUGGCGUGCUCGAUGCACUGUAUCGAGCCGGUGCUGAUCUCAGUCUAUACACUGCUUCUGGACAUGGAACACCUCUUCACUGUCUGGCUCACAAGGCCACACCGGCCCAAAGUGAUACACAAGGUUCUACACUACGGUCGUUCAUUCGUCAUCUAGUCCGCGACCUUGGUGCUCCUCUUUCCGCUAGAGAUCAUAACAAUGACACUUGCUUACAUGUGGCUUCGGAGCGUGGGCAAAGUAUCGACGUUUUGAUAGCUUUACUUUCUUGUGACCCCAACGGGCGUGUUCGUGAGCUUCGCAAUUCGAGAGGCUUGACAGCUGUAGAUGUCGCGAAGCCAGAAUUCCGAGCUGUCUUUGGCAUGGACGCAGAGCAUCUGCGCUGUGCCUCGUCAGCGUCUGCCUGCACCAUUCGGCCCCUUAGCGUUCCAUCUCUCAGAUCUGUAUCAUCCCUGGCGAGCAUCUCCGCGACCUUGCGUUCACAUUCAUCUUCAGAAAGGAACCAGAUGCACGAUCUCCCACAGCCGAAUUCCUCUGUGUCGUCUCAGUCGCAGGGUAUCUUCAACAAUCUACAAUCCGUAUCCCUGCAGCUGGCGGAUGCGAGCACGCUCGACGUUGGUGCAUGUCGCCAGCUCUUGCUACAAACGUCGGAAAUGAGCGAUGAUCUCCUGGCUCAUCUGCGUUCCCGCAUCCAUGAUGCGGCGGACGAGCUGCGGGAUGCCCGCGGGAUAUUCAAGCAGGUCGACGGUCUACUUGAGGAUGUGACAAGGAACCUGGAGGGCGUUCUCGGCGAGUCUUUAGUCGCUGGCUCCGAAAUGGAACUCGGCGAGCGUGCUAGGCGACGCACUACAGACUCAGGUGAUUCGGAGGCUACUGCUGUAUCCAAGGAUAAUGUGCAGCUCGCUAGGAAGUCUCGCUCGAUGUCGGACCUCAAAGCAGAGCACGUGGACGCAAUCUCUCCGCCAGACGAGUGGACAGCAUCACCAUUCCCUGCGAUUGUGGUGUUCAGCUCUGACGACACCCCCUCAGCCAUUGCGGAUGACUCUCCGUUUGUGGAUGGUGAGGAUAAAGGUUUCCUGAAGUUGGUCCCUCCAUGGGUGAGGGACUUACCCGGGAUGAAGAGCAAGAGCGACGUCAGAGCGAGCCCCGUCGCAGACCAGACGUCAUUGACAGUGUUGCACUCGGAUCGGAAUGAUUCUACAAAGAGCGGUGCUGCCAAGAUCAAGGCAUGGUUGCGGAAGAAGAUUAAAGCCGACGUAUCGUACGGAGGCAACGAUCGCGCUUUAAGGCCUUCAGUCAAUAUAGGGCAUGACAAAUCCGCUGUACAGCUAUCACGCAGCAACAGUAGUGUCUCUUCCAUUGAUCUGGCUCAGCCGUCUGCUCAGGGAUCUCACGCUGCUGGCAUAAGUCGUGAAACCGUCGUCCCUAUGUGCCGCACAUGCUUGAAUACUGCCAGCAAGGAUCUGUCGCAGAUAGAGGGCUGCAUGGACAAUAAUCGCGAAGCUUCUCUGGAAUAUUCUCGUCUUACACAGCUUCGGAACUGCCCUCAGGAUAUCGGCUCGAGCUUACCUGGUUCACACUUGCAGUCCAUCGAGUUUCCAUGCACCACGACGCCCACUGUUUCCAACGACGACCAGGUACAAUCUACGCCAUCAUCAUCUGCCAGUUCCUCUGUAACUUCGCUGUCUGCUACCUUGAUUGAUACUGAUGAGGACGACACUCAUGCUCUACGAAGACUCUUGGGAAGAAAAAUUGUAGCACGGACAGACGGCGCUUUCGAGGAGAUCGACAAGGUGGUUGUCUGGCUUCGCAUUGUUCAGAGCACUCUCCAGGACCUGAAGAGAAGGACCUCAUACCUGCUAUGA